UUAACACCGGCUUCAUUUUUUGCAUAUUUGUUAUUAUUAAUACCUUUGCCUUGGAAACCUCACUCGCCAAUAAUUUAUUAUUAUUAUUGCCCCCCUGUCGGCUGAUCGGACUGGAGAUUGUGGUUUGUGGGAUCCUUUCGUCCGCAGUGGUGUACAUAUCAUAUUUAUUAUUAUCGAAAUCCGGUGAUCAGAUCGUCGUCAUCAGAAGGAAUUCACGUUUGACACCUCACGUCUCGGCAACAUACUUUACAAAGAUGGGUGAACCGAAAAAGGACAGCAAGUCCAGCAUGAAGCGACCCAUGGUCGUGACUGUGAUAUCUUUGUUAAUUGAUCUCAUCGGAUUUACUAUCAUCCUUCCACUUUUCCCGUCCAUUUUGCAAUAUUACAAGGAACACGACGAGAGUGGGACAUACGCACAAUUUGCCCAACUCUCUCAAAAACUUGGAACUUUGAUAGGUGCUCCAGCAAAUCAGUCUGAAACUGUCUUGAUGGGUGGAAUUUUGGGUUCCCUGUUUUCAUUAUUACAAUUCGUGUCAGCCCCGAUAUUGGGUGCUUUUUCCGACAUCUACGGAAGAAAGAAGGCUCUCCUCAUUUGUCUGGUUGGAAUUAUGGCUUCUCAUCUCUUGUGGCUGGUGGCAGCAUCAUUUCCAAUAUUCAUCUUGUCGCGAAUUGUUGGAGGGUUGAGUCGAGCCAAUGUUUCAAUCUCUACUACUAUUGUGUCGGAUGAUUGCCCUGCAGAGAUGAGACCUAAGGGUAUGGCAUUGAUUGGAAUUGCUUUCUCCGUCGGAUUUGUUGUUGGUCCAUCCAUUGGUGCUUAUUUUGCUCGAUCGGGAAACUACUCCAUUCCAGCUAUUGCAUGCUUUUGUCUGACAGCCUUAUCUUUUAUAAUUGUUUCGUUGUACUUGGAUGAAACCUUGCACCCGAAAUAUGCUAAAGAAUCCAAAGGAUUUGACCUGUCCAAAGUUUCAUCAUACAUCUGGCCUCCUUACCUCUUUAGUUUCAAAUCCGUUUCUGUUGGAGAACAACUUCGACCUAUCGGUUAUGCAUAUUUUCUCUACAUCUUUAUCUACAGUGGUUUGGAAUUUACAUUGACGUUUCUCACUCAAUCCAAAUUCCAGUUUACUUCAAUGGAGCAAGGGAAAAUGUUCACCAUCCUUGGAAUAACUAUGGCCAUUCUACAAGGCAGUGUCACCCGAAGAUUAAAGACAGAUAUGGAAGCAUCUGCUGCGAUGAUGGGAGUUAUUUUCAUGAUGCCAGCGUUUUUCGUUCUUGGAUUUUGCAAUGACCUCACUACACUAGCGUUUGGAUUAUUCUGCUAUUCAAUUGGAUCUGCAAUUUGCGGUCCAACUCUUACUUCAAUUGCUACAUCACGAGUUCCCAAAAUGAACGAGCGCGGAACGGCUCUUGGUAUUUUUCGAUCCUUGGGAGCCCUGGCAAGAGGUGUCGGUCCCAUUGUGGCGUCAUCUCUAUUUUGGUGCUUUGGACCUACCGUGGCAUAUUCAAUCGGUGCAGUCGCCAUGCUAGUUCCGCUGUUUGUGUUGCACAAAGCCGUAAAUGGACGAUCUGAUGCAGCCACUAGUAGCAAAACAAAAAUUCAAUAAUGCAAUCUCUACGUCAAACUAAACAAACGUUGUUAAAUAUGUCAUGUUGAUUGUUCAAGGCGUCGUACUCGUAGGUAUAUCCUCAGCCACACAAUUUGAUGUGUUACUUUUUGUUUGUUCUUAAAUAUCUGUUUAGUUUAGUACUUAUACACAUACGUCAUACUUACGGCACAUUAUCUUACUUUUUCGUAUUCAUUAAUUCAUUGGUGCUGAAAUUCAAAUUCCUUCCAAUAUUGUUAAUACUCGCAAUGCUAGCCUUAAUUAUAUUGUCACAUUCCAUAAUUCUUGAAAGUCAGUAUUUUAGCAUAGGAUUAUGCAUUUAUAGUUCAAUAACAACGAUACGUGAUUAAUACCAAAAUGAAAUAUAUUAAAUGUCCGAAUUACUUAAGACAACAAAUUUUUGUAUUCAAUUUUACAACAAAAAAUAUAUAAAGGGUUACAAAUGUUUUAAA